CCCUGGGGCAGGCCUAUUCUGUGUGUGAGAAGUGAAUCAAAGCCAAGAACGGGGAGAGUGCGGUGGGUGAGAAGAUGCUGUACCACGGCACCAAGAAGGACAGCUGUGCCCCCAUAGAGAUGUCGGGAUUCAACAGGAGCUAUGCUCACAUCACUGCAUUCGGAGUGGGCACAUACUUUGCGGUGAAAGCUAGCUACUCAGCCAAUGACAGAUACUCUCCGCCGCAUGACGGCGUGAAGCGUGUGUACGUGGCUCGCGUCCUGACCGGCCGCUACACGCUGGGAAACGGCACCAUGAAGGUCACCCCUCCUCGCGGAUCAGACCCCACCGACCGCUACGACAGCCUGGUGGACAACCAGCAGACCCCCAGCAUGUUUGUCAUCUUCCACGACGACCAGGCCUACCCAGAGUACCUCAUCACCUUCUCCUGAGAACCUGCUGCUCGGCUCUGGUCUGGUGUCUGCUCCCCACCUCUAAUUUCUGAUAAUUGGGAUUGUGAUACUCAAAUUGUUCUUCAAUUUCUAGAGUCUAGGGUGUAAUAUAUGUGGUCAUAUAGAUGCAAAGUGUAUAAAUGUAGAGUGAUGUUGAGCGUUAAAAAAAGGUAAUCUUCUUAAAACUCACGCUAUUGGUUUAGGGAACCAUGCUAAAUGGCAAUAGCAAAAUGUGUUCACUUUACAUUACAUUACAAUACUAUAGUUUUAAUCAUUUAAUUAUAAUGUAUAACG